AUGUUGCAAAUUUUUGUCUACAUGCUGAUUGUAUUGAGGACCAAAGCUGUUUUGGUUGAUCGCACUUUUCUUCAAAAUGCUGUAGCGAAAGGAGCUGUUUGUUUAGAUGGUACUCCACCAGUGUACCAUCUCGAUAGAGGAUCUGAGGCGGGAAUCAACAGUUGGUUGGUUCAUAUUGAGGGAGGAGGAUGGUGUAAUAAUAUCACAACUUGCCUAGCUCAUAAGAACCUAAAAAAAGGUUCCUCCAAGGACAUGGCUAAACAGCUUGUUUUCUCUGGGAUUUUAGGCAAUGAGCCAAAGUUUAACCCUGAUUUCUAUAAUUGGAAUAGGAUCAAGGUUAGAUAUUGUGACGGUGCAUCGUUUACUGGGGAUGUAGAAGAAGUGGAUCCUGCCACCAAACUUUACUUCAGAGGAGCAAGGAUUUUUCUUGCUGUCAUGGAGGAGCUACUGGAGAAAGGAAUGAAGAAUGCUGAAAAUGCUAUUCUGUCCGGAAGUUCAGCUGGUGGGUUGACAUCAAUUUUGCAUUGCGAUAACUUCAGAUCUCUUGUUCCCAAGGGCGCUAAAGUAAAGUGCACUUCAGAUGCUGGUUAUUUCAUAAAUGUGAAAGAUAUUUCUGGAGCAUCAUAUAUCGAGGAUUACUACAACAACGUUGUCAUGACACAUGGAGCGGCGAAGAAUUUGCCAUCGUCGUGUACAUCAAAAGGGAAACCCGGAUUGACGCCACUCUUUGUUACAAAUUCUGCAUAUGAUUCAUGGCAGAUAAGGAACAUUUUGGCUCCUAAUAUUUCGGAUCCAAAUCAUACUUGGCUCAAUUGCAAGAGGAAUAUUAGCAAUUGCUCCCCCAGUCAGUUCCAAAAAAUUCAAGGUUUCAGAUUGGCAUUUAUAAAUGCAUUGAAAGGAAUCGGUGCCUCUACAUCUAGAGGGUACUACAUAAAUUCCUGCUACACACAUGGCCAAACUGAAGGGGAAACAUGGUUUGGGACCCACUCUCCCGUCUUAAACAACAAGGUUAAUGUUUGUUAA